AUGGCAGCAGCAACCCAGGCUGUCGUACCACAACCUAGUUUCUAUGGAGACUACGAGAAUGGCGAGGAACCUACCAAUUGGAUACAGAAGUAUGACCUCUUAUUUCCGCCGUCUUAUAUGGACGUGGACAAGAUAAACAGGUUUGAGCUCCAAUGUGCAGCAGCAAGCCCUGCGGAAAUGUGGUUUGCGACCCUAGGGACGGCAGAGAAAGCCUCCUGGGCCACCUUCCUUGCAGCCUUCAGAACAUGGUGGCCUCAACCACCACAGAUAACACUCACAGUUGCACAGAAGAAGGACCAAAUUUGUGCACUGACCCUCAAGGACAAGGAUAUUGGAGUAAUGAUUGAGGAGGACAGAGGCAGAGAGUGGGGACACAUUAAGUGGGGGCAGAGACUAGGACUCAAACAAGGAUAUCACAACAAAGAGGAAAGGAUAGCAGGGACAUCUUAG